ACUCGAAUCCAGAGCCGCAAAGACAGAUAAAAAUAAAUUAACAAUCUGACUUGAUUGUCAUUUCAUGUAUUUAGUUUUUAAUUAUUAUACUCUUUGUUUAUAACUGGAAUUGUAUUGUACUCUGUGGAGUAGACGAGACGAGACGACAAAUGUCAAUAUGUCACUCAUUUUCUGAUUCUGCCAGACAGAAAUUGAGUCGAGAUUUCUGCCUUCUGUUCGGGUUCUAUAAAUUUAUUUAGUUUUCUAUUAAAUUGAGAUAAUUAAUAUUAAAAAUAAACCAAGGCUGAACAGCGUAAAUCAAAAAAUUUGUUAUCAUGAAAUUAAAAAGUUCUUACAAGUGUGUAAUGAAAAUAGACUAUUAUAUUUUGGUAGAGUCUUCCAAAUAUUAGGGCGUAAAAAAAUUUGAACAAUGGAUUGGAUUGUUUCUGAUGAGCUAGGGCUCACCGUGGGCCAUUUAGUGGGUUGGGGUGCAGCCACGGCCAUGAUCGUGGGGGGAGUAGCCCCAUAUGUUCCACAGUACAGACAGAUCAGGAAGACUCAGGAUGCUGAAGGAUUCUCAUUGUAUGUUUGUUUGACGCUAUUAAUAGCAAACACAUUGCGCAUAUUGUUCUGGUUUGGCAAACGAUAUGAAAUUCCAUUAUUAAUUCAGAGUAUAGUAAUGAAUGCCACAAUGUUUGCAAUGAUCCACCUAUGUGUGAAUGUAAAGAAAAAAAAUCAAAUUAUUAGAUCGAGGGAACGAAUUUUCACAGGUGCAAUAUUCAUGUUAUAUAUACUGUUAUGUUGUGUGAAUGGCUCAGCUCAGCCAGAUGAGACAGCGCAGUGGUUGGGUCAACGCAGUGGCAUCGUUGGUGGCGAGAAACCUCACCGCUUUUAUGAUAUGGACAGAAAGUAUUUCUGGGCGUGGACGGACUUCCAGAGCUAUGUGGACUGUAUGCUAGUGUUCUCAGUCCUCGGUGCAGCUAUCACAUACCUGUUGAUAGAGUUUUCACCGUUCGUAGAGCUUGUUGGGUUCCUGGCAGUGUUCACCGAGGCCAUGCUUGGAGCGCCCCAGAUAGCUAAGAACCUCACCAACAAAAGCACAGAAGGCAUGAGCCUGAGUAUGGUGAUCAUGUGGACGUGUGGAGACCUCUUCAAGACUGCAUAUUUCGUUAUAAGGGAAGCUCCCACACAGUUUUGGGUGUGCGGCAGCUUACAAGUAUUGUUAGACAUUGUUAUACUAGUCCAAGUGUGGUUGUAUCGCCACAACACGGCCGCGGCGCGGCGCCUCCGUCGCGGCGACUAGCAGUGGACGGAGACGGACUUAUAGCGUUCGCUGUACGCCCGCGCCCGCGCCGCGCCGCCGACCGUACGCUUCCGCGGCGCCUUAUGACGAACGCUCCUCCGGUGUGCUCGUGUGCCACGUUAUACUUGAUAUAAUCCCCGUUACACAGAGUAGCUAACGCUAGUCUCUAUGCUCUAUCGGCUUAGCAUAAACAAUAGGCUAGUUGACUUUUUAAAUGGCCUUAAGUUGUUCAUUAUCGUUCUACUAGAUUGAAAAAGUUUGUCAUGUUUUAACCGACUUCCAAAAAGGAGGAGGUUCUACGUUCGGCUGUAUGUAUGUUUUUUUGUUUUUUGAUACGUGAUUACAUGAAAAUUUAAAUGUUUGAAUAUUUUUUCAUUUGACAAAAAUAUUAUUUAACAAUUACUUUGCAGUUUAGUACACUGCGACGUCAUGAAAUGGACGACAGCGUUUUUUACGUUUGGAAAAUUUUAAAAAUACAUGAUUUUUAAGUCAAGUGUUUUAUGAAAUCCAUAACUUUUAUUAAUUAAUAUCGAUAUAUUUCGGAUAUAUAAGAAAAUAAUAUUGUUUAUAUUAAAUUUGGUAUGAGUCAACUACCCCAAUGCACAUCCUCUAAUAUUCCAAAUGAAAUAUCGUUUUCAGGAAGGGUUUCAGAAUGAACAAUGGUUCUUAGUGACUAAACCAAACUGAUUAUAUGACAUUCCACUGAUUCUAGCCUAGAUUUUAACUUAAUUUUUCUUUCAGUGAAAGCACUAAGCCGACAGAGUGUGAGAUAGCAACGACUUAAUUUUCUCUACCUACCGCCAUUUUGAUUACUUUUUUAGCAUAUUUAUUUAUAAUACUUUUUAACAAAGUCGAAAUAAUUAUAGCUUGGCAAGUUCGUUGAUGACACUCCCACGAUAUGCGGGCGACGGGGGGAAGGACUGCUUGGGGCAUCGCUACCCCCCACCCGGCCCGCGCGGACCAUCGGGAAUGUUACGAACAAAUUUGCCAAGCUAUAAUUAUUUAUUGACAAUGUGAUUGCGUGUAUUCGGCAUGCAUACUCUAUAAUGUUGAAGUAUUGCACGCCAAAUGCACUCGGUCUACUCAAUCAGUCUGCAGUUUUAAUGUAGCUAUGUCAACUGCAAUUGAACUGCACCGGAACUUCAUUUGUGCAGUUCAGUUGCUGUUGAAAUUCAGUCUGUACAGUUAUAUGCAAACUGCACAAAUGAGUCCUCGCCUGUACAUGGGCACGAGGUGUGACGUCAGAGGAUAACGAAUGAAGGGCGGGUAGCAGGCAUCUCUCAAAACGAAAAAAUCUAAAUUAAUUUAUUUCAAGUAUGCUUAAUUUACAAGCACUUUUGAAAUGUAAACUUUGACUAUUUGCAAAGACUCUACCACCGGUUAGAAAGGCAUGCAAGAAACACAACAGUUGCUCUUUAAAAAAAAUCAUACGUAUUAUAAUUUACAAUUGUUAACAUCAUUACAAUUUCUUAUAGUUUUACUUCCUGUGGAAAGGUGGAAGCUAAUCCAAUGGCCUCCAAGCACCUGUACAAUUAAGGAACUCAUCAAUUGUGUAGUAACCUCGUCUAAGUAAAUGUUUUUUAACACAUUGCCUAAACUUAUGCAUUGGCAGGUCCAUAACUGUCUUGGGGAUCUUGUAAUAGAGGACGAUGCCUUAUGCUAAUCUCCUCUUGUGUGCCCUUCUAUCUUUAAGUAAACUACAAAGAAAUAAUAAUAAUAAUUUGAAAUGCACGGAUUUUUAAAUAGCUUUAACUUUCGUGGUUCUCUAGUCCACAAGGAACCCUUGUCGUGUCGUCAUUUCGUCUGUCAUUUUUGGAGUUCCUUCCCUACAUCCAAAGUCAGAAUGAAUUUUUUAUCGUCUAUCCCAUGGUGUGGUUAUCGGUAUUUUUGUGCAUUACAUAAGGGAUUAAAGUGCUUACUUAAUCUACGGAACCCUACACUGCGCGUGGUCCAUUUGGCUGGUUUCUUCGUUAUCGGGUCUAAUAUAUUCCCUAUAGGAGACGCCCUAAGCAAGCUUAAAUUGCUUAUAGGCUAAAACAGGCCUGAGUACACCCAACCCUAUGAAUGAAUGUGAUGAAUGAAUGAAUGUAAAAGAUAGAGGAUCUAUUACAUUCAUUCAUCACAGGCGCUCAUGUUGACUCGCCCAUCUCUUACUCCCCUCUGUUGUCAUAAGCCGCACUACAGGACAAGGACUCUUAUGCGGUUUGUCUAUAGUAGUGAUAAGUAAUAUUAUAAUUUUCCUACCCUCAACAGUACGACAGAACGCCGUACAAGCGUUGAUAGUAUCCAAUUAAUAUUAUUCAACCAGUAUGACGUCAGAGUAAAAAGGACUUAAUACUGCCUGUUUUAAAGGUCGAUUUUGUUAUUACAUCUAUGUACUUGUCUUUUAAGACAGGGAGUGAAAUUGAAUAUUUGUAUUUAUAAUUAUUUUAAAGGUCAAUUUUACUGUGGCGUUAUAACAUAAUUCUUACUCAUGCUAUCUUGUAUUUGUCAUAAUAAUUUAAUUUUAAUUAUUAUGACUUUUAAAUUAAUAUUUUAACUUAUUGAAUAAAACUUUUACAUAAUAUUUACUAUGCGAUUUUCUUUUAUAGUUCGUUUAGGUUCAAUUUUAAGUACCUAUUUAGGUACCAAACUAAAAGAAAUAAAAGAUAUCGCACGACCAAAAAGACCAAAAACUUACUUAUAAAGUAUUUAUAAUUUUAUUAAAUUGAACUUAAGCGUACUAUAUUAAAGUACAAUCCGUUUAUAAACUUCAAUCGUGAAUUGUUACUAACAAGAGAAUAUUGUUACUAAGCUAUUUUAAAAGUCGGGUCUUGAAGCACUUAAUAAAAAUAUAGACUGCACUAUUAAACCGUUUAUAAAAUCUCGAAGGAAAUUGUAAAGGUAUAGUUCCGAGAGGUAUAGUUUCAGUGACGACAAUGGUGCUGCAAUAAUGUCGCAAUACUAUUUAGGUGACAUCAUUAUAUAAACAAAUGAACGAUACCAUAAUCGUAAUUUAUCAUAUACGCGUCUAUUGAUAACUGUAUGUUGAAUAAUAUAUGUUGGGAGAGGUUAUUUUACAGAUUUAAAAACUUCUUUAUAUAAUAGUAGUGCAAGACAGCUAAUCAGAUUGUAAAUGCCAAAUUAAUUCAUAUACCUUAAUAAGACUCUGACAAAUGAACGCGUUAACCGAAAAAACUCGGCAAAUUAAAAAAAAUCUACAUGCGGUACUAAUUACAAACUACAAAAGGAAAAAGUGCUUUGAUUCUAGUUUUUUCUUAUUACAUUAUCAUACAUUUAUAUUAUAUGAUUACGUCUAUGAUAAGCUGUCAAAAUUACAAUUGUACCUUGAAUAUUAUUCGACGACUCGUUGCGUCCCUGAGAUGGCGCUGUAGUUAGACUUUCCUACGACAAUAAUGUCGCGCUACUGUUGCCAUAAAUACUACUUACGGAACUAUACCUUAAAUCUUGCUGUUGUAUUAGUGUAUAAGAGAAAGAGAUCGCUGUGAAACGCAUUACAUAUAUAAUAUUGUGAUAAAUUCGUAGCUAUUUGAAGUAGGUGUGAUACAAUUAAGUGAGUUCACUUUUUAUAAUGGUCGGUGAAAUUACGUUUUAAAAAAAAAUUUAGAUGUAUAUUUAUUAGUGGUAGACAUUAGUUAGUGAGGGGUAAUGAUUUGGUGAAAAUUUUUGACUAUUUUUAUCCUCUUAUAGAUAAAAAAUAUUUCAAUUGCUAAAUGUAUUGAAUUAUGUAAUAUAUAUAACUAAUUUUGUGUCGUAACUAUCUUAUCAAUUGUUCAUAUAAUAUUAUAAAGUGCCUUUUGGCUCAAUAUAGUAAUUUACAAUUACAAAUGAUUGACGAGCAUUAAAUCUUUCCAAACACCGAGAACAUACAAAAUCGAUUGAGGAGUAACAAUCAAAUAUCAGGUCUAAUAAACUAAGUAAUCGAUAUUAACUUGCUACUUAAAUCGUUUUUGAAGACGUUCGAACAGAUUCAUUAACAAUACAUAAAAUAAUAUAUGUAUGAUAAAUGUGCCAAAAAGGCCUCAGUUUAUGAAAAGAGAACUCAAUGAAAUAACCAAUGACAUUUGACAAAACCCUGUAAAGCGACGACAUACAAAACAUUCCAAUGGAUUAAGUAAAUAAAAUACUAAGGACCGGUUGCACCACCUGACAAGUGUCGGAUAGUCUAGUCUUUGUCAAAUGAAAAAAAAACUUGUGACUAAGCUAUCUGACAAUUUAUCAGAAGGUACCUAGGUCGUAGGAAUAUAAAAGAGGAUGAAAACUGUGACGGUAUAAAGUAAAAUAUGCUUACUAGAAACUCUUACACCCAGUGGCGUAACUAACAUUUCAGGCCCGUGGCCUCCCUAGAUACAAUCCUGGCUACGCCCAUGCCUUUAGUUACGCCACAACAUACAACUACGACUCAGUAUUAUUACUUUAAAAUAAUUGCACUAUGGCGAUAUUACAGAACAUUCUUACUAAAACAUAGACUGCCCAGUUUCUCUAUCGCUGAAGGAGCUGUAUUGAAAUUCAACAAAUACAUUUGUAUUUAUCAUACCUACUCUAUGAAGUCUAUUAAAAAACUGAUUUGUUCCUUAACAGUAUGCCAUACCUAUUCCAUGAAAUCUCUUAACUUCCAGUAUUUAUUUUAUGUAUAUCUUAUUGUUACAAACCCACACAAAUAUCACAGUAUUGAUUCUUACUCGUAAUAUGAACAAAAUUAUAUUUUCGUUCUGGCAACAGUAGUUCUUUAUUUAGUUUCCAUUAUAUUAAAUUUUGACGGCCUUUUGACGGCCUCCGUGGCGCUGUGGUAUGCGCAGUGAACUUACAAGACGGAGGUCCUGGGUUCGAUCCCCGGCUGGGCUGAUUGAGUUUUUCUUAAUUUGUCCAGGUCUGGCUGGUGGGAGGCUUCGGCCGUGGCUAGUUACCACCCUACCGACAAAGACGUACCGCCAAGCGAUUUAGCGUUCCGGUACGAUGUCGUGUAGAAACCGAAAGGAGCGUGGAUUUUCAUCCUCCUCCUAACAAGUUAGCCCGCUUCCAUCUUAGACUGCAUCAUCACUUACCAUCAGGUGAGAUUGUAGUCAAGGGCUAACUUGUACUGAAUAAAAAAAAAAAAAAAAUUUCCAAUAAGUAUUUUCUGUUCGUGUUUCUAGUAAGUGUAUUUAGCAAGAGGCUAUUAUAUUAAUAUUGUAAUAUUAAGUUGUAACGUUUACAUUUUACUUUCUUGUUAAGUAUUAUUUGUGAUGUAUAUUUUAGUCAAUUUUGUAUUUCACCUCAAUGUACAAAUACUGUUUGUUUAGAAAUCAUCUUACGCCAUUUUGAUUGCGUAUUUUAAUAGAUAUCAACCUAAUAAAUAACUUAAUUGAUUAAAAGCAUAAGUUUUAGUAUCAUGAUAGUAGUUACCGGAAGAAUUGCAAGACUAAUAAGGCUAAGGUACAACUUAAUUGUGUAUGUCUGACAGAUGGAACUGACAUGUUCUGUUUUAAGGUCAGUGGCGUAACUGUACCAUCUUAAGUCCGUGGCAAAUUCAUUGGAUGAUGAAUAGAAUAUUUUUUUUAAUGUUAGAUUACUUCUGAGCACAUGGUUUCUCGAGUUACUGCUCUGAGAAUCAGGCCACGCUGUUAUAGUUACGCCACUAUUUUAGGUUGUUUUGUUUUAUUAAUCUUAAAAGCAAAUUUAAUUUAAUUAGUAGGUUUAACUAAAUUUUACUCGCAUUACGUAUUUAAUUGAAUAUUUCCAAAAAUAAUUUUCAUAGAUUUGUCGAAUAUUUGUAUAAUAGGUUAAUAGUAAAAUCUGAGGCAAAUAUUGCGUUAGACCUUUUUUAACUCCUUCAGCUGACGCCUAGGUGGUUAACUAAACGAGGUUCUUUUUUUGUACAAGGUGGCACAAAGGAGGAUGAAGUAUAAACUACUAGAUAUUCUAUUUUAAGAAGGUUUUCCUUUGGUUGUAAUUAUAAGGUGUACAGACAUGCGAAUUUGUAUGUGAAAUAAAAGAGCGUUAGCAAAGUAGGAAAGUAAAAAAAAAGGAAAGUAGGAAAAUAUUUGCUAGAUCACAUAAUUUCAAGUCAAGUCUAAUUAAAUGUCUGUUUUGUCGACGUUCCUUUAACAAAGGCGUUUAUACAAAUAUACAUAAUAAUAUAAUACAUAAUAUAUACAAAGCUAAAACUUUAUUGUACCUAGGAGUUUACUUUAUAUGUCCACUAUGUAUAUAAGGAUAUUUAAAUACAUAGUGGACAUAUAAAGUACCUCGUUUAUAUGAGAUUGUCGAACAUAGUAAAUAAAGAACCUCGUUUUUGUCUAGCCAUUUCUACUAAAUAUUGUCGUCUAUCAAUGGACCGGACUAACGACGCUAUAGAGCCAAUUAAUUGUUUAGUUCUGAGUUGAGUAAGUGAGAUAAAUAUUUUGAUUAAUUAUUUAGUACAAUUAUUUAUAUAAUUUUUAUAAUGAUUAUUAUUAUUUUAAAAUGCUGGCGAAGUUUAAUUUUAGUCAAUAUUUACCAUCGAGUUAGAAAAGGUUGUGUACUCGAUAUAAUAUUAUAUUUUAGUCUUUAUUAGAAAUUAAUAAUUUAACAAAAAAAUCAAAGGUGCAAAUUUUAUUUAUAAAUGAAAUAUUAAAUAAUUUAUAUUUUUAAAAUGUUUUCGUCAUAUUCUGAAUAAACGUGCUCGUUUGUUAUUUCCUGAAUUAUUUGUAUACUUUGUCUGGAAAUAUAAUUGAGGUCAACAUGUUAAUUUUAACAAUAAAAACAUAUAAUACGGUUUAGAUAUGCGAACUUAUUUAAUAUUAAAUAAUAUAUUGUACUUCAUUUUUUAUUGUAGAAAUACUCGUAUUAUAUUAUUAAUACAUUUAAAAUUAGAUUGUCAGAAGGUCUUCCUUGCAUUUUAAUUAAACUUUCUGUGUUCAACGAAUAUUUUUGUAUGUAUAAAAUUUUAAAAUUUAAAACGAAAUGGAGUAAUAUGAAACUAUGAAACAUAUCAUAAAUACCAUGAUAAAUGCUAUUUAAAUUUUAACCUGCUAACGUAACUUUUUAAAUCAUCCAAUCCACUGGAUUAUCCAUCCACAUAAGGUGUACAGACAGGAAGUUUGACAGGAACUUUGUGUGUGAAACUGAAGGAGCGUUAACAAAGCAGAAACAUGUUUAUAAAUUGUCAUCAGUCUGUGAGAGGUUGUAUACUAAACGGGUUUCUAUGUCACACAUAUAUCACUCCAGAUAAUUAAAAAAGGCGUUCCUGUUGUGCUGACGUUCCAUUAGUUUACACAAGCAACUUCAACUUACUGCAUUCAACACCAAACUGAUUUCCUAAGGUAGAAUAUGGUAUGGUAAUUUUUUUCUACCUGACACCUCAACACGUUUUCACUUUGUGCUGUCUAUAGAAUGUGAGCGAGAGUCACACACAAAAUCACAUCAUACUUUCAUUCAUAGACAAUAUAUUGAGAUGCCAGUUAAAAAUAAUUUAUCUAUAACGACCUUAUUUAAACCAUCAAGUCAAAUUAAAAAAUAUUGAUAUUCUGUAUGCAGGAAAUGCACAAAUCUAACACUACCGUGUUACGUUGGUUGACUGUCUAUGUCUAGUCUGCAGGCCUAAGAUUCGCGCCAAGUGCGGGAAAUUUUUGUCUACAUAAUACCUACCUCUCUCUUUUGUCUCAUCGAAACAAAAGAGGUGGCGUACAUCUACUCUAUCGCUUUUCCAUCACAACGAAAGAGAUUGCAUUAAUAUGGUUCAUUUUUGUUUUUAUGAAAAUGAGCACUAAUGGAAGGAAAAAAAGCGAUAUGUAGGCAAAAUUAUCUCUUCGCGCCAGUGCCGGAUUAAGGUACCUUGAUAUACCCUUCCCUGUGGACCCCCUAACUACAAAGGAUUAAUAAAAAAUUUUAAUACGCACCGUAGAUAGAAUAUGUAUUAAUGAAUGACCGCGCGAAUUUUAAAAUCACUUUCGUGUGCUCGUUUUUUUAUCUUUGUCAUCUCUGCAAUCUAAGCAAUUGAUUAGAUAGCUCAUAGGCUAAUUUAGGACAGCUUGGCAUGCAUCUUAGGCCUGGUGGUGUGACAUAUUUUUCCGGAGAUAUGAAAUAUUAAGAUAUGAAUCAAUACCGAAAACGUACAGCGACGGUUUAACCCGUUUCUUGUGCCGAAAUCUUAAUACACUUAAAUUGCAAUUUUAAAGUAUUAAAUUUCUGUAUCGUAUAAUAUUUACAUAGUAUGUUUAUUUCCAUUUGACGCCCGCCGUGUUGCUGUGUUACAUUAAUUGACAUUAAGUCAAUUAUAUAGAAAGCAUUGUACUGCAAAAGGUGUAGACUUGUUGUGAUUAAAAGUUAUCAAUUCUUAUACGAAAUAAAGUUAUGUUGUUUGUUUA